AUGCGAAGUGAUCCUCAGGCAUACCUGCCAUUCAGGCAACCCGCAUACCCGAAAGAGCACCUGUAUCAUCAAGAAUAUGCCACGAAUGGAAUCGAACGGGCACUAGCUCACAUACGCCAGACAAAAGAGGAAACGGAAACUCCUAGACAUAAAAAAGUCAACAGUCGGAGCUGUUCUGCUCUCCCUCAGCUCAUCGGCUGGCCCGUAGCCAUUGGCAGUGGCGAAGAAAUAUCAUUUGUGCAAGCUGCUGAGAACUAUCUUCAGGAACACUACAAUAAGGCUUGGGAACAUCACGUAUCCCUCCCAGUCGAUUACCACGUUCCGAAUGAUAAGUUCGAGUACUAUGCAAAAUGGACAGAGGAAACGCAUAAAAAGUCGGAUGGAACUGAUGUGGAGCUGAGACCAGGCCUUCUAGCCGAUGCUAAUGUUUUCUACCACUUGAAACGAAUCUGUGGUGAUGCUCCAUCUCUCCUUAUUUCCACUGAUGUCCUCAAUGAAGCAUUUAGCUCAAGAAACCCAUUUAUUUCCCGUCUUCGCCAAGCCUGUCCUCCAACGAAUGAAGAAGUUUUGAAAAUACUUGAUGGUCACUUUGAGGGUGUCACUUUUCUGGCUUACCCAAGUGAAGACAAGGUGUACUGCAUCUUCUUCAAAACCAACGAAAUAUCUUCCCUUGUUACUGACCAUGGAUCGACUGAAAAUGGGAAAAGAACAUUCGGCCAAACGCAAGAAGAUCUCCAGAAAUUCCUUCAAAAGAACAAUGUAGAUACACCUCUUGCUACCAAAAUCAAAAGCAAUGGCACUGCAAUGUCAAUGUUUAAAUCCAUUCUUUCCAAGUAUCUGUGCGCGUCUAGGUCAAUUGAUGUUCCGCGAACUUUUGCAGAGUACAUUAGAAAAGUCUAUGAACAAAUGGAACGUGUAUUGGGCUUUUUGACGCCGCAUCAGCAGAAGCUAGUACAUGAUGUGGAAUCCCCAUGGCUCCUCGUGACAGGAGCCCCGGGCACAGGGAAGACAAUUGUUGUGACCGAGAAGGCAAAGAAACUCGCGCAACAAGAUGCUACUGAAAUAGUAGUAGUAAACCUUGCAGGAGGAUACCUCACAAAGAAUUUCAUAAAAGCAUUUGAAGGAAUAAAUAAUAUUAUCGUGGUGGAUGGCAAGGAGAAAGAAAUCGAAGAGAACCGUGAAGGAAUUGCCUCCUUUCUUGAAAAAGAAGGAAUGGGGAGGCACGUUCUGUUUGACGAAGUCCCUCUCACUCUGGGAUUUCAAGGUCGUUUAAAUGAAGAAAGUCUCUCAGAACGUUGGAAUUUUAUCUAUGAAUUCCAUGGAAAAGUAAAAAGCCUUACGUUUGUAUUCCGUCCGAAUGAUCCCGAUUAUAAGAGGGACAUCGAUCUUCAAAAAAUAAAUAUCAAAGAUGGAAGAGGAUCUAGCAUCGGGAUCGAGGUCUUGAAUGCAGUAAAACGGAAUACACUCGAGGUGUCGAAAUUAUUUUUAGCCCUCAGCAACUACUCACGCAGGAUCUUUGUCUCCCAGGAACCCACAAUUAGGCAUAUGGAAUUCCAAAGGCCAGAGGAAACACUGAUGCCAGACGUAUUUGCCAUUCCCUCUUGCUUCGCUCUCCAUGAUGCCUGCAAGAACAGCCAAAUAUGUGAAGCCGUCAGAUCUUCUCAAGCCUUACGAUCACAUACUGUUGCUGUAGUAGACACGAUUGAACGACGAGAUUGCCUUUUGAAAACUCUGCGAGUUCUUUCUAGGCAUCAAGAGAACAAGACACAAGUCGGAUUUGUGGACGCAUUUGGACUAUUUCGCGGAGAUCCGAACUCCUCCGUUUUAGUUGUAACUGCUGAUCAGAUUCUAGGAUGCCAUUUUCAGGAUGAUGUUGUUAUCCUGGACCUUUGGGGCUCGAUUUGGAGAAAUUAUCCUCGCAUGAUAUCUUCGCAUCGCAAGAAUAUCACCAUUGCAACGGAGCAGGAAACCCUAGACACAGGAAAGUAUUCACAACUCAAAUUACCGCCCAGAUAUUCCCAACAUAAUUACUCACAGAUCAAGGAUAAGCUGGACAUUGUGUUGAAAGAGGAAGAAGAGAUGAAGAAGGAAUUAAAUGAACCUUUCGAACCCGAGAUUACUUUUACUUUGAGGAGCAAAAAAUUGAAGAGUUUGAAUAUUCCUCAAUUUAAAGGGAGAAUCCCAAGUAAAGUGACCGUCAUUUUUGGACCUCCAUGCUCAGGGAAAACCACAAAGUUGUUGGAUAUGAUAACAGAUUGCGUAAAGACACUCCGCAGUCAAAAGCGUCGAGAAGGAUUCCUCUUACUCCAUAUGGGAAGCAUUCUAAGUCAGAAGGACUUGCCGGUUCAACUUGGUGAUUAUUUUGAUAUGCUGGAUAUUGAACGGUCGGAUAUAUUGACGCCUAUAAACAUAAUCAACCACGAGGGCGUGGAUAAAGUGCGGUGGAAAUUUCAGUGUUCAACUAUCCAUGUGUAUGUAGAUGAUUAUUGCAUCCAAGCCACUGACACUGAUGAAGAAAAAAGAAAUUGGGAGCAAGCACUUCAGAAGUUAAAGACCUUGAACAGUGGAAAACAAAUACUAAUCCUAAAUGUCGUGUUCCAACCUCACUCAAAAAGUGGUAAAAAAAUUUCCGUGAGGGAGCUGAUGAAAUUCUUCGACAAGCCUGAGAUGGAGGUUGUAAAAACAUGGGAAGGAAACAUACCCAAACAGUCUACCGACCCGAAGCUACUCAAAAGCUUUUAUGAGAAUGAGACCUGCAAGUCAUUCCAGCUUGGAGCUAACAGCCUUCCCACAGGCUCCCGGCCGGCUGCAAUUGUCCCGGGCAGUACUCCUAAGCACAUCCAUGUGGAGUAUGAGUGCAAGGGCAAGCAUUUGUGUUAUAACUGCAAGGGACAAGAGAACUGUAUGCCGUAUUUGGGUGCGUUUAUCUGCUUCCGUUAUGCAGAAAGAGCAGUGCCAGAGGGUGAACUCGUGUACGUACUGGUCUCAGACAACAAUAUGAAAUCCUUCCUGGAGUCCUGGAAAGGUGACCCCAACUAUUCCUCGAGAAGCAAAGACCACCACAAAAUGUAUUUUGUUCAUCCCAUGGAUUUCCGAGGAUGUGAAUCCAGAUUUACUAUAACUGUGAACGUAGAGGCUUCUUGGCUUCUUGAGAGCUUGUCCAGAGCCCAAACGAAUCUUCAUGUCAUCGAUUGUUUGCCAGAUCAUCAAGAAGUUUGGCUUACGAUGUGGGAAGAAGGUAAAGUACAUCGAGAGAUUAUAAUGAAUGAAGAUGUUGAUCGAGACAUCCUUCUAACCCUGAAUGCAAAAGGAAAAUUUCUAGAUCUGGUAGACUUCGAAAAUGUGCCAACCUGGAAUGACACAGCGCGAAGUGUUGGCGAAGUGGCAAUGAGGAAAGCGAAAAAGAAAAGGAAGGAAUUAGGCAUUCUAGACUUUCGAUCGGAUGGCGUCCUCCUACUCCCUCCUGAGACGCUAGAUGUCUUAAAUCGCCUCAUUCCCGACGGUAUUUCUUCGUCAUCAUCCCCAUUUCAUGACUGGGGAUACGUACAUAAACGUGGAUCCCCAGGAGCAGUGCCUGAGGCACCAGAAAAACAAAAAGACGAGAUUCUUUCAGAACUCAAAAGAAAGGGACUGGAGUGGGACAAGGAUCCCCCUAUACCCUUGGAGACUGGAGGAGUGUUGGAGUCUCUCUCUGUCUCCCUUACUGGAUCCCUCCUCCAUUUACCUCACCUCCAGAGGAGAUUGGUGGAAGAGAUCUCUGAUCCCCUUGGACCUUUCCUCCAUUCCGUAGCAUUUCUCCUUCAGAGGACCAUUGUCCUCAUCCAAAAGAACAAGAUAAACUCUCGGCAGAUGUGGAUGCCAGUGGAUAAGCUUCCUCAAGUGUAUGGACCCUACAAAAUCCCUUCAACUCUUAAGAAACUCUCCUUCAAGGGGAAGAUGGAUGUGGAAUGGAUGUCUCAUACAGUUCCUCUCUUGUGGGCCAUGGAAUGGAACCAAAAGGAAAUAGGUCCUCUCAGCUACGGAGAGGUGGGGCGAGUCAGAGAUGGAGCAGAGAAGGCGUGGGAAGGGGGAUACCAUAGACCAUUAAGGGAAGGAAUGCGCCCAAGCUGCUGCAAAAUAAUUUUCAGCACGGUGUCGCACUCGACGGACACAGGUGGGAGAAAAGGUGGGUGCGGGAGAGGCGGCGACAACGGGAACUGCAACAGUAGCAGACGCGGCGGCGGCGGCGGCGGAUGCGGACUCGUUUGCAGGAGUGACAGCGGCCGCCGUGAGUGGGCAUGUCGGCGUCGCGGCUCCGGCCUGAGAAGCGGGCGCCCCACGCGGGGCGAGCGGGAGGCGGAGCGGGAACGAGCUAUGUAG